AUGGAACCUGAAGGAAUUCCCAUUUGUGGUUAUACUCAUAUCAGUUUUGCCUUUCUUUACAUUAACCCGGUAACAUUCGCCGUCGAGCCCAUGGUCAAGAAUCAGGAAGACCUCUACUCCCGUGUUACUGCCUUGAAAAAGAAGGAAGCCGGGGCUCAAGGUCUGGGCCUCCAUUGGUGGAUCGGACUUCAAUGA